AAUAAUCCCCUGUGGGCUGGUGUAACCAGGAGGUUCCUACCAGUACAAGUGGCGCUUUCAAAGUGGCCCCGUGGCUCGAGACAAGCUGACCGCAGUCUCACUGUGGCCGAUUGAUAAUCGUCCGUCGGACGGAAGAUAUCCCACUAUCGAUCGCUGAAAACCAUCGGUUAUCCCAACUCGACGCGAAUGACCAUGUUGCUGUUACGAUGGCUCUGUCUCGUCAUUUACAGAAUCUUCCAGGCUAAAUAAAGAUUUUUGAUUUAUUCGAUCGACAACUAUUUACAGACAGGGUCGCCUUGUAUGUGUGAGAUGUUGUGAGCUGUUGAGCCGUUGAUGGCGGGGAAAGUGCCAAAGACAAAGAUCACCCGUGUAGCCUUAGCAGACUGUUGAGCCAAGUGCUCUUAGCGAGUAGCACCUAUGAAGGCGCACGAGGGGGGGGGGGCGGCCAGCACUACGCCCUGCCGCCUUUGUCUCCCCAGUGCAGUGACGAUGUUUACACACCGCACCAGUUACUCAUUUAAAUCUGAGUCGACCUAGACAAGACCCAUGACCCGUUCAGAUACUCGCCACUGGUGUUGGCCGUGAGCGGGAAUCGAACUCGGGUCGCCGGGUGCGUAGCGCAGCGCGCGAACGGCUACACUGUCACCACCGCCACCGACAUCACGAGCGGCAGCAGCAGCAUCAGCAGACAUCUGAAAUGCUCCGUGCCGGAGGAGGGCAGCACGUGAGCGUAAUUCCUGGAAGCUUCCAAGAAAUCGGCUCGGAGAGGAGGCAACGCUCUCCACAAACCCAGCCUCCACGCGAAGCCAGAAGGAACGACCCCACACCACCACCAGACGUGCGCCGGGUCUCAGAUUGAAAGCUCCAGGCUCCGCACGUUGCCAAACGGGGCUGGGUGACCGGCAUCGAAAACAACAACAACAACAACAACGUCGUCGUCAACAUCAUCGUCACCCAACAGUUGCAACAUCGUCAAGAGAAAGCGACGGACGCAAGGACGGAGAUAGAGAGGGGGGGGGGGGCAGUAGAGGACGAGCAGGAGGAGAUACGGGUUCGCGCGCGCGCGCGUGCGAGUGCGUGUCUCACUGGAUGUGAAACUCUUGAGCCCUGGUUUGCACCCGAGCAAGUGCGGCAGCGCCACGAAAGCGCGAACAACGUUGUUGCACAUUGUUACACAUUGUUACACGCGCGACAGAUUUGGCAAAGGGUGGUCUCUGGUGCGAGUCUAAAAUUAAAACACCCGCCAGACAAAGUCCGAGACGUUUCCACUUCGCCUUUCAGCAGGCGAGCGGCCGUCUUCUGCUUUUUUGGGCGCAAGCGACACUCCGACCACCGUCCGUCACUCGCAAUAUUUGGCAUGACUUGCGAGACAGAGACCGAGGCAGCCGCCCUGCCGGUCGCCGAGGGCGAGGCCGCCGCCACCACCACCACCACGGAGCCCGGCGGAAAGCACGCGGAGCGCAUUCCCGUGGCCACCAUGAGGCACCUGCAGAUGUCCGGCUGGUAUUGGGGCAGCCUGACGGCCACGCAGGCCCGGCAGCAGCUGAUGUCGGCGGCCGAGGGCACGUUCCUGGUGCGGGACAGCGCGCACCCGGACUUCCUGCUCACGCUGUCCGUGCAGACGAGCCGCGGGCCCACGAACGUGCGCAUCGAGCACCGCGGCGGCGCCUUCAGCCUCGACUCGGUGCGCUUCGUCAAGCCCCACCUCGUGCACUUCGACGACGUCGUCAAGCUCGUGCAGUUCUACGUCGGCUGCAAGCAGCAGCAACAGCAGCAGCGUCACCUGCAGCAGCAGCAGCAGGAUUUGAGUGAGGAGAGGCAGCAGCAGCAGCAACAUCAGCAGAAUCACCAUGAUCAUCAUGAUCAUCAUCAGCAGCAGCAGCAGCUCCAGCAGAAUCACCAUCAGCGCCAACAGAAGGAGGAAAAUGGCUGGCACCUGUCGAGGUGUCUCUGGGAGGAGGGAGCGGAGGUGGAGGAGCCGCUGCCGCUACGGCUGUGCAAGCCGUGCUACGUGGCGCCGCCGAGUCUUCAGCACCAAUGCAGGACAGCGAUGCACAGGGCCAGGCAGCGGCUGCCCGGCUCCAUCAGGCUGCCCAAACGCAUACGGAGCUACCUGGAGGAGUACCCCUUCCACUUGUGAUGGGCGUGAGCCAAGAGCGCUUCGUGCUCAGCCAGGGCCUGUCCAUAGGCUGAGCUCCAGAAAAUAUAUCGUGACAAAUUAAACCCUGGGCGCAGGAGCACACACACACACUCCUUCUUCUUCCGCGCGUGUGAUGGGUCGGGUAGUCCAUGGGCCAAGGUCUGAAGUCGGUAUACCGCCUAAUGUAGCACAACUUGAGUCGUAACAGUCGUUUAAGUACUUGAUAACUCCACGAAUUUCAAGUGGUUAUCGCGCAAUUCGCUCCCACUGGUCACGUAAGGCAAUUGGAACCGCUAAAGUUACGCUACAUCGGGUGGGUACCGACGAGUGAAACGUUUUGCCCCUUGGGCUCAUGGAUUGGGGAGCAGGGCCUGUUUAAGACAGGGGCCUUAGGGCCUGCAGAGGCCAGUGGCCCUGAAUUAUGCGGGGACUUCUCCUCUGAAAUAUAUAAGCCGCUUUAUACCAGCUUAAAUGCAAAAACAUCACCAUGAAAACUCCUUCAGGUAGCUUGCUCAUUAAAACCGUGGCACCACUGGCAGCAUUACGACCGUUUGGUGAUGGGCCGCGAUUAAAAUAGCGUUGCGAAAGUUUUAACUCUGAUUUAACUUUACACACAAUUCGCGUAUCGUGUAAAAAAAUGUUUCAGAACAGAAAUAACCAAGGUGGAUAGCAAUUGAGUGUUUGACAUCAUAGGUGGUGGUGAAACAGUCAAGGGUAGGAAACGAAACUAUUUAAACUUUUUAUUUUAUUUUACCAGGUAAGGCCCACUAAACUAUGUCGCUCUUGUUUCAGAAGCGUGUGAUAUUGAUUCUAAAUCUGGAGAAAAAUCCACGCCACCACGGGGAGAGAGAGAUAGGUAAACUCCAAAUAUACAGCAGGCGUCAGGAUCGAACCCACGACCUCCUGUAUACCAGGCGAGGUAGGUAACAUCUCGCCACCGUGGCGCCAAGGAAUUGACUAAACAGUAAAACCUUGCCCAACGCGGCAUUUGUUGAGGAACGCAACCCCUGCGUUCGGUGAGGUCUACCUGGACAAGAGCUCCCCCCCCAAACCCCACCACCACCACCACCACCCCAACCCCUCCGCAAACUGAAACAGCCCUUGAUCCCCUUGUAAAUAUUAAUCCGGCCCAGGCAGGAGUAUCCCUGUUACACGUGUUGUUGGCAGUGCCGGGUUAAGCUAGUGCGGGGUCUGUAGCACAUGUUAUAAAGGGGCCCGAAAUAAAACAAACACGUAAAUAUUAAAACACACAUUUUUUUACUUGCAUAGUAAAGUAAUUGUAUUUUUUCAUUUGCUAUACAGCCAGAUAAUACGACAAAUCGCUAACCUUAAACACCCGGUCGUUCAUAACAGUUGAAGGCGGUAUAGUACUAUAGUAAUAGAGCAAGUGCAGAAUCACUGAACCGGAAUUGAUAGCUUGAAAGCAUUUAGCGCGGGGCCCUUGAAAGUGCGAGGCCCGUAGCUACUACUACUACAUGUGUAGCUACUACUACUACAUGUGUAGCUACUACUACUACAUAUGUAGCUACUUUUGCUACUAGGAUAAUCCGGUACUGGUUGUUGGCCUUUGCGCUGCAAGACACACACACGCGCACACACUCACACUUGCACGCGCUUAUGUAAACUUGCACAUAUCCGCACGCUUAACAUGUACAGGACGGAACUGCAAGCGAUCACAUUGCACGUGUGCACACGAGUACAUAUACUUUUCACACGUGAACACAAGUAUUGUACAUGUAGCUAUACAGACGAGUAUACACGAGUGGAUUUGCUACAUGCGUACACACAAGUACAUGUAGUUACACACGUGCACACAACUUUAAAAGCGCACGCACGUGCACACACGCAGAUAACAACCGCGCUUGUACCAGGCUAGGUGCACUUUGAGGCCACGCGAAGUGUCGAAAACUCGCUGGCAGGUCACGGAACAGACGCGGGUGCCAUGGGUUGAAUGAGAUUACAAAGACACUCACACACACGCAGAUAUAUAGUCUACAUCUAUACUUAAUAACACACAUGGCACACACGUUGACAACAGCGCACCUACAUACCUGUACCGACACGUGCAUGACGCAUGUACACCAACGUAUUCACACGGCUCGCGUUACACACAUCACACAAUCCCGAACGUAUUCACACGCGCGCGCGCAAGUCGAAAAUGUUCUCUUUAUCACCUCGAGGGUCUAAUUUGGCCAUACGAUUGAAACGGAAUAAUAGCAAGCGUACAUGCCAUCACUCAGUAAAAAUAAAUGUUGUAUUGAUGAUGGCGUUUAGCUAAACAGAACUGCUAAUUGCAAUGACAGGGGUGGUGGUGCAGUGGUGAGCGCGCUGCUGUGAUGAAGCCACAAAAGUGGAGUUCGAUUCCCGGCCACGUCUUAACAACAGUGUCGGAACCACCCCCCCACCCCUCUCUACCCCUCCCUCCACCCACAUUGUUGUACUGUACUUAUGUGCCCCGUAUGCUCUCAGCCUUCGCCAACCCGCAUUGAUGACCAGCGCGGUGAAGUAUGGCAAAUAACAACAACGCUCCCGCGUGUGGAGAGAGACCUUCAAUCAGCUGGUGGGAACAAGUGGAAUGGCUGGAAUGUAUUUAUUUGAAUUACAAUGUCACCCCUUACAUGCUGUCCUGAAGGGCCACUGAGAAUGAAUGUGGUAAAAGUAUGCGGGCGGCGGGGGGGAGACAUCACAAAAGAUCUGAUUGCAUUUGCCUGGGUGUUGAGCAUGCCUGAGAAGGCCCCCUGUUACGAGCGCAGUGAAAUUUCAGUGAAAUACAAGAGAUUGGCAUAUUCUCUGGAUAAGAUGCGCUUCCCCUAACCCCACCACCCCCUCCUCUCUCCCCAGACGUGUAUUUUAAAGUCGCAUUUUGGAGGAGUGUCUUAUAAUCCGGCAGCUGUGUAUAUGGUGUGUGCGAGAGAGAGAGACCUCUUUUCGGGUGCGUCUUAAUUUCCGGAGCGUCUUAAUAUUCUGGAGAAUAUGGUCCAUUCUCAGCCGGGCGAUUUUAUUUUAUAAGGGAGCCAAUGUCAUGAGCUGGAUAUUUAAAACGAAAAAAAAAUGAUGACACGUAUCGGUUUUGAGGAUGCAAUGUGGUGUGUGUGUGUACUGUAGUUGUAUCUUCCAGAUGAAAACACAAAAAUAUGCUGAUAUAUUCUUUAGAUGACUGCAAUAUUUUUACAAACAGACAACAAAGUCACAAUCUCCUCUCACUAGUUUUGUACGGAGUGCUGUGUGGAUCGUUCCGCCUUGGGCGCGUGCGAGACUGCGUGCAUUCGGAAAUUCGGACAACGCGUUGACAAUGAGGUCAAUGAACAACGUCGCGAUUUAACCCCAACACGCCCUGACCGCAAACGCACUGCCGCAUACGGCAGGACCAUUUGUACCUUUCGAGAUAUUUCUCGGUGUAUAAUUUAUAUUUUGUGUGUGCACAUGCGUACGUGCGUGGAUGCGCGUGGUACAGUCAUAUGGAGUGAUGUGGCAUGCACAUUUGUUUUGUGAAUUAUGGUUUCCCGUUUAAAUAUCUCCCCCCCCCCGUGCCCCCCGUAUAAUCUCUGUUGGGUUUUUUUCGUGACUGUCGCCUAUUAAGUGUGGACUGUGGUACAAAGUGCACAUCGGUAUACGAUGACAGAGCGAACUCUCCCUCUGUCCACGUGACGUUAUUAAAAGCACGCCUUACUGAUAUCGAAGUCUGUGCGUGGAUGUACACGUGUGUGUGUGCACAUGACACGU